UCAGAUGAAUAUUAGGUUAGGUGAAAGGAAGGAUAACAGCAGUUUGAAAAAUCAUUGACAGUAGAACAAAACUUGAAUUCAAUUGUGUUUCUAUUGAAGUUUUACAAUAACAGCGUACCACUCAAAUCUAAGAUACUGUUGAGUGCUAAAACAUGAGCAGAAAAAAUAGAAAGAGAAUUCCAAGUCUUACUGGAGCAAGACAAAUAAAAGAAUGCAAGUUUUCAGAAGAGGAGAAAAGAAGAUUACAGGGGUUUUUGGCCGAGAUUCUUCGUGUAGGUUGUCUCAAGGGUUUCAAAUAUUUUGCUCUUUAUCUGAGAGGAAGAGAAGAAUUAAUAUGCAGGGUUUUAAAUGAACCUAUGUCUCAGGAAAUACUUUCAUACUACACAUCAACAUACUCUGAGAAGAUGAAACCAGGAAAAUCAAGUUUCUCAUUUGAAGCACAACCAUCACUGCCAAGAAAUGAUCAGUCUCUUAUCAUGUCAACAAAUACACAAAAAAGUUUAAGUGGUUAUGGCUUCAUGGAUAUUGGAUUACCUCCUGCCAGUCCUAGUGAGAGAGAUAUUGAUUUAAAGGAUGAAAAAUCUACACUUUUUCUGAUUGCUGCCUAUGCAAGAUAUAAUUGUCCUUAUGUCUGGGUAAGGUCAAACCAUGAGAGACUUGUGUCAUUUACUGGAGGAGAUGAUGAGACAAAACUUAAAGACAGCCCACUUAAGUUAAAAACAACAGCUGCUUGGAAGCAAAAAGAUACCAAGCUGUGGGAUAUUAUAGGAGAGAUUGUCAAGCUAUGCAUGUAUCCUGCCCCAUUUAACCCUUUUGCCAUUGACUUCAAAUAUUUUGAGGGUUUGCCUCUAGGAGAAAGACUUAUAUCGACAGGUGCAAUGGUAAACUUUCUACAAAAAGUUGUGUCAUCUGGUGAUCAUGUGUACAAUGCAAGAGUUUUUGAUGAUUUGGAAGAAUUGACCCGUCAGCACUUUAGGGAUUUGCACUUAUUUGGCAAGCAGCAAAAAGGAAAAGACAUUCAACAAGCAAAUCCACAAUUUUAUCACAAUGCCAGUUGUUAUACACCUUACUGAGCAUCACCAACAGGGCAUUAYGGUUUUAUCCUUUCUAUAUUUAAUACUGAACUUGUUUGCUCACAAUAUCAAAAACUAAUGUACACUUUCAUUGUAAGCUUUUUGCAUUAGGGAGCAGUAUCUAUUAAUAAUUGUUUUAGUGCGUUAUGCAGUGAUUACAAUGGUUACAAUGUCUAUCUGUGGCAGUAUUAAAUAAGUUUUAAAUUCAAUAUCUGUAAAUAGUCUACUAAUCCAUAAUCUUUGCCUCCAAUUUCUUCCAUAAUACAUUUCGGGAUUUGUAUUUUGCAUU